AUGGAUGCGAACCCCUUUGCAGUGUGGGACGAUCCCGCACCCGCACCCGCUUCGACAUCUUUGACCACUGCCUCGUCGUCCAAUGGACCGAAAGACUUAAAGGAUGACAAAAUGAUCGAGCAAGAAGCACGUCUAUCUCUAGAAUACCAAGACGAGGAUCCUGGCUGGGGUGCUGGAUCUGCAUUGGCAUCGCGAGAUAACAGUCCGGAGAAGACGAGAAAUCAAGCGACAUGGUCGCGCGCUGCACCUUCUGCUGUCCUGCCAAUCUCAGAGAACGCAAUCUCGAAUCAAGCAUCAGCGUCCGCUUCUACAGAGGCGCAAGAGGAUUCAGAUCCAGGGCUGGUCCAAGUGCCUGCCAUUACGACAGAAGUAGCCGAAGCAUCGGCGGCGACAGUGAAGGAUGCUGCUGCACACGCAGGAGGAGAUCAGACCAGCACGGAUGAGCCCACAGCAAGAGCAGAUACAGAACAGGUCCAGGACGACCAAGACGACAACACAGACGCCUUUGAAGACUCGCGGCAGGAGCAGGCUGUACAGGUGCAGGAUCUCUCGUCGCCAGAGGAGCUUGAUGAAAAGGCGACCAUUGCAGCGGUCCCGGUUGAAGCGGCUGAGGAUGAUGACGGGUUUGACGAUUUUGGAGAAGCAGCAGGUGAAGACGACGGAGCAGCUGCCAACGACGACUUUGGCGAUUUUGACGACUUUGAGACGGGUGAUGCGCAAGAUGAGGUCGGUUUUGGUGACGAUGACUUUGGCGACGACGGGUUCGGUCAAUCCAUGGGGCACACAGAGCAAGCAGCGCCGGCACCGAUCCGCACCGUGGCAUCAACAAACCGAGAUUGGUCUGCUUUGGACGUCACAACAAGGUCGAAUCGAAUCGAUCUGGCCAGUUGCGUCGCCGCUCUGCUCCCGCUGUCGGCUGCAGCAGAAAGAGAGCUAGACAGUGCAGGACUUCGUCAGGUGGAAGGGCCAUCGCAGGUGCUGGUAAGCGCAGAAUGCCGUCAGCUUUGGACGGAUCUGUCGUCAUUGCCGUCGGUCAAGCCGAUCGACUGGGUGCGUAGCAAGACUCGACGUGACUAUCUCAUAUCGAUGGGUGUGCCGGUCAACCUUGAUGAGAUCCACUCGUCGUUUGCAUCUGGCUCGGGCGGAUCCAAGCAAUUGCCACCGCUGCAGCUUCAUUACGACUCGUCGACUGGAAGUGGAUCGGCUUUGGUGGAUUCGAACGGCAGCGUUCCACAGAGGAGCUCGAGCUUGAAGCUGUCGGGAAGUUCGGCACCAGCGUUGGCGGCGCAACGAUCUGCUUCGACGUCCAACAGUCCGCGAAAUGGCAAUUCGAGCCCAGCGCUGGGAUCGAGUACGAAUCGCGAGCGUAUGGCGGAGCGACGAAUGCAAGAGCUUGGAUUGGGCGCUGCACCAGCGGUAGAUCUGCGGCGAGCGCAGGAGCUGGUCAACAAGAGUGAGGAUCAGCUGACUCUUCUCUCGCUGCCGGCGCUCAAGUCGAUGCUGAGGGAGCUCAACACGAUGACAAGGUCGACGUCGAGUCUGUUGACGCACCACUUGACGCUGAGGGAGAGCUAUCAGGCGGAUUCGGAAAUGUACAACUCGAUGAUCAAGGAGCUGGUCACGGGUGCAGCCAGCAGGUUUAGUGGGAGCAGCGGAUCAUCGGGAGGAAGCAAUUCGGUAGCCGGAGGCCGAGGGGACAGUCGCCGAUCGACAACGAUGGGCUUGAGCGCAUCCAGUUCAGGCAAGGCGAGGGUCAACAGCUUACCGGUUGGCUCGACGGCCAUGUCCGGGACACGGUCCAUGAGUCCCUCGCUUCGAGGCGGUGUCGGGACGAGCCCACGACGAUGA